AUGGUGUGGGCCCCAGAGCGCAAGAGGGCGGAGCCGAAUUGGAGAGCUCUCAGGGCCAGCCAGGAUGGGAUGGGUGGCAGAGGCAGGGGCUGCAGCAGCACCUCCAGCCACCUGGAGCCUAGGGCUUUCGGCUCCCAAGAACAACCGCUCUGCUUUCAAACAAGGAACAGUAUGGUUGGUGCGGUGAUUGGUCAUGGUGGAUCAAAAAUAAAAGACAUUCAGGAUAUGACACGCACCAAAAUACAGAUCAUAAAAGGUGAUUCUGAAGCAGAGGUAAACAUUUUUGGCAGCAAAGACAUGAAAGCCAAGGCCAAAGCGGCUACAGAAACUCUUGUUAAGAAACAAGAAAGACACUACAGUUCAGAAUCCAGUGUUGAUAACGCCACAUCCCAACCCUCUGUUGGAAGACGCUCAAGCAGAGAUAACACUGCUAGAGGAGCUCAGCCACUGAUAGACUAGGAUCAAGUAAAGGCCGACGUUGUACAGUGGGAGAAAAGAAAAUGGGCAGAUUUAUCACCAAUUAAGAAAAACUUUUACACAGAAUCCAAAGCAACAAGGUCAUUGUCUCAAGUGCAAGUAGACACUUGGAGAAAGGAAAAUUUCAACAUAAUGUGUGAUGACUUGAAAGAUGGUGAAAAUCGUCCCAUCCUCAAUCCGAUCUGCAAAUUUGAAGAUGCUUUCCAACAUUAUCCUGAACUUAUGAAAAGCACUGAAAAAGCUGGUUUUUGAAACCCAAUGCCAAUUCAGUCACAGGCAUGGCCUGUUAUUCUACAAGGAAUAGAUCUUAUAGGAAUUGCCCAAACUGGAACGGGCAAAACACUGUCCUAUUUAACGCAUGGGUUUAUUCAUCUCCAUUCUCCACCAAUACCUAGAGAACAAAGGAAUGGACCCAGCAUGCUAGUCCUUACACCCACUAGAGAAUUAGCUCUUCAGGUGGAAGCUGAAUGUUCUAAGUAUUCAUACAAAGGUCUUAAAAGUGUUUGUACAUAUGGCGGUGGAAACAGAAAAGGGCAAAUACAAGAUGUUACUAAAGGCGUAGACAUCAUCAUUGCAACUCCUGGAAGCCUGAAUGAUCUGCAAAUGAAUAACUUUGUCAACCUAAGAAGCAUAACCUACUUAGUCUUAGAUGAGGCAGAAAAAAUGCUGGAUCUGGAGUUUGAACACCAAAUAAUGAAGAUUUUUUUAGCUGUGCGCCCAGACCGGCAGACUGUUAUGACAAGUGCAACUUGGCCAGAUACCAUUUGUCGACUUGCACAAUCUUAUUUGAAAGAGCCUAUGAUUGUUUAUACUGGUACUCUGGAUCUAGUUAAUGUAAACACAGUGAAGCAAAAUAUAAUUGUUACCAGAGAAGAAGAAAAACGAUCUCUUAUCUGAGAAUUCCUACAGAGCUUGUCACCCAAAGACAAAGUCAUCGUAUCUGUCAGCAGAAAACUUGUUGCUGAUGACUUAUCAAGCGAUUUAAGUAACCAAGGCAUAACUGUACAAUCCCUGCACAGUGACAGAGAACAGAGUGACCGUGAGCCAGCAUUAGAGGACCUGAAGAGUGGAAAAGUGAAAAUACUGAUUGCUACUGAUUUAGCAUCCUAAGGCCUUGAUAUUAGUGAUGUCACACACAUAUAUAAUUACAAUUCUCCAUGGAAUACUGAAGAAUAUGUACACAGAGUAGGGCGUACUGGAAGAGCAGGAGAGAUGGGCAUAUCAGUUACAGUUACCCUUAUGACUCAAGGUGAUUGGAAGAUUGCCGGUAAAUUGAUUAAAGUUCUGCAAAGAGCAAAUCAGAGAGUCCCAGAAGAUCUUGUAUAGGCUGAGCGAUACAAAUUACCUAGACAACAAAGGGACCCAAAAAAUAAAUCAAGAAAAUCUUAAGAAAAAUCCAGAAAGUUUUACUGA